CAACCCUUUCUUUUGCAUUUGCAUAUAUUCCGCUGUUCGGAAAGCAUGCGUGCGGCACUGCUGCUCCCCCGUACGCUCAAAACAGCAUCGGUCAUCAGGCAGAUUUCUUCCAAUUGGCACAUCGUCACCCAUCGCCGAGCGCUACAACUUGCUCGGCGCGCAAUGGCAUGCACCAGCAGUCUGGCUAUCCAGCCUCGAGCAUUUCCGACCGAUGACGUUCCCUUGUUACCAACCAAUGUCAAGUUUGAAGAGGAGAAGCUGAUAGGCUACAGCGCUAAAGACUUCUAUCCUGUAAAGAUUGGCGAAGUGUUUAGGUCGAAAUAUCAAGUAGUCGCCAAGUUAGGCUUCGGAACGUCUUCCACCGUCUGGCUUUGCCGUGAUCUACAGGAACAAGACGUUGCUGGCUCUGAAAAUCUGCAGCAUUGGUACGGAUGAGUCGCAGGAAGUGGCAAUAUCACAGCACCUGAAAUCCAUCGAUGCCGAACAUCCCGGUAAAUCACAUCUGCGUGUAGCUCUGGAGGAUUUCCAAAUCCAAGGACCGCACGGUUCCCAUCAAUGUCUCGUCUUUCCGGCCUUAGGCAUGACUUUAACAAAUCUGCGCGAUCUGUUCGACGAGAAGGCCCUCGAGAAAACCCUCUUGCAGAAGUUCUUACUCGUAAUCGUGACUGCCUUAGACUUCAUGCACCAGGCAGGAGUAGUGCAUACAGAUUUAUCGCCUAACAACAUACUCGUCGGAGCCGAUGAAACCACAAUAGCCAAAGUGGAGCAGGCAGAACUGGAUAAUCCGUCACCGCGCAAGGUCCUCGCGGACCGAACAAUUCAUCUUUCCUACGCCAUGCCAACGAGUUACGACCCACCAGUCAUCACCGACUUUGGCGCCGCACGUCUUGGCGAGCCAGGCCAAAAGUACUCAGGCGAUGUUAUGCCUGGGGCCUUCCGAGCUCCGGAAGUAAUUGCUGGCAUGCAAUGGGACUCUCAGAUAGACAUCUGGUCUGUCGGGGUUAUGAUUUGGAACCUGCUUGAGGAUGGCAAUCUAUUUGAUCCCGUCAAGGAUGGGCACCUCAACGACGAGUUACACUUUGCACAAAUGGUCUCACUGAUGGGACCUCCCCCCAAACAAUUUCUAGAACGCUGCAGUAAAUGCCGCAACUUUUGGGAUUCUGAAGGGAACUGGAUCGCCGCAACGCCAAUCCCGCACCAAACCCUCGAAUCGCGUGAGAUGCGCCUGGUCCGUAAAGACAAAGUGCUGCUUCUCAACCUCAUGCGGAAAAUUUUGAAAUGGCUCCCAGAAGAGAGACCGACUGCACAAGAUUUGUUCGAGGACGACUUCAUUCUGCAAUUCAUGUCCGAGGACUAUCCGCAAAUUUCAUAGCCAUUGCUACCCAGAAAGCACCGGAAGGCUCAUGCUGCGCCCCAGAAAUGCUAAAUAUUCCCUGCUAAUAUUGGCGACAACGCUUGUCGCGCAGCUCCCAGCACUUUCUGCUGGGUGCCAUAUCCGUACUGACUUCCACAACAAGAACGAGCACCAAUGAGACCCAGCCGCUAUAUGCUUCCGACACGACUUCCGACGAUACGACCAUCUCACACGACCUUCGGACAGGCUACUGCAAGGGCGCGGACCUGUGGCCUUACAGUUUGUUGCAAGGCUAUGCGCAUUGCCAUCAAGCUCAAAAGCCAAAUUCCUCUCUUCGGCCGACUGCACGCGCAUUCACUCACACGAACUGGAAGUUGUCCCAGUUACAUGAGGUCGCACCAAACGAAAUUGUGGUCGCUCAUUCAGGGCCUUGAACGCAUCCACCACGCCACUCCAACCGUUCCCAAGGCAUCGAGAAGUCCAAAUGUUUUCGGCAUAUUCCAGUAUGCAAGCUUGCGACAAUAAUCCGGAACGUCAUCUGUAUUACGCAGAGUCUCAUCUGCGAUAUUCGUCCUCGGAAUUCCCUAAGACGGUAGCUCCGCCCUCAAGAACUUGCACAGAAGAUACCAUGAAAGCGAAUGGGGCAGUCAGCAUUCUCGGGAAGGACACUGGCAGAUUCAAAGUGUCUCUACCUCACGGUAACAUUGAUCUUGACGGCAC